AAAGAAAUACAACAUUGAACACACAACAUGGAUAAUGCAUACAAAGAGGACGAGCAUACAUACGACUAUAUCGACUCCAGUGCCUUCUCUAACUAUGCUUACGAUGGCCUUACUAAUAUUCAAAAGAGCAGAGAGGUACUCGGACCAACCGCUCCAAAUAGAUCAUCUGUUUCAAAGAGUCGUCAGAAGCGAUGUUUGUUUUUGUCUAUCAUCACUGGUGUUAUCGUUAUAAUUAUCAUCGCUGUUGUCGUCGUGGUUGUUGUCAAAAAAAAUAAUGAAAGUAAACUUCAGAAAUCAAUGGAAUUUGAGGCCACCAUGACCCUAGUAGCACCAUGGCAACCAGAGUAUUCCGACCCCGAAAGUGAGGAAUAUCAAAGAUUUACAUCUGACCUCUUGACCCAGAUAGAGGACGGUUUAAGACAAAGUGAAAUUGGCGUGAACCUGGAUUUCAUCAUCAUAUUAAAUCUAAGACCAGGAAGCGUGAUUUGUGAUAUCAAAAUCUUCAUGAAAACUGUCAAGUUUUCAGUAAAUGGAGAGUCACGUAACAUUACUCCCUUUGUUAUUGCGAGUACAAUAACAGACAUUGUGAAGGAAGCCAAACAAAACAAUCCAGCCUCACUUCUGGCAAAAGUAGAUCCAUCAGAAAUAAGAGUCAGACAACCACAAACAGGGGCACUGUCUGCUACACAAUCAACAAGUAAUCCACCACAAACUUCAACGGCCGCCAUAAGAUCCUCAACAACAACAACAACAACAUGGUCCACAACAACAUCAAUAUUCCGCAGGACUUCGUCAAUUGUAUCAUCUACUCCAUCCACUAGUCCCAUCACAACAACAACUCUAGUCACAGAGGAUUAUUCACCGUGUACAAACAUUACCUACCUGGAAACGGUGCUAUUCAUAUUGUGUUAUGAUGACACUGCAUACUACCGAGCUCUACUUUCUAACGAUUCAACAAGAGCGUUAUGUCGAUUUCUGAAUAAAACGCUUCGCUGUAUAGUACAAGAAGUUGCCACCGACACAGGGAUUACCUGCAGUAGAGAUGAACAAAAUAAAUUCCUGGAGGAGAAUGCUGAUGACAUCCAGAAACAAUUAUCCAUAGACCCAAGGAUAUGUUUGUCCUCCAACCCUUAUCCAUCUUUUGAAACAUCCCCCUCUACUGUCUUCCCAGAACCGGACAUGACGACAUCAGCCAUCAUAACAGACAAUGGAUCACCUUGUACAAAUUCAUCCUACUUAGAGCAGCUGUUACUUAAAACAUGUGUAGACUACUCAAGAUACAUUGAGGCUUCUCAGUCAGACAACACAUUAAAAUGCAGAUUUAUGAAUGACGUCAUAGCGUGCGUAAUAAAUAAUGUUUUCAAUGAGACAGGUGUCCGAUGUACUAAGGACCAGAAAGAUGCAAUUAUUAAGGAGAACGCUGAUUUAGUUAGUCGUCUUCUGUCAUUAGAUAUAACAACAUGUAAGUAG